AUGAAGCAUUCAACAUCAACUUAUUCAUCUGAGAUCUACUCUACCGAAGUGUUCUAUUUUAGGAAAGUUUACAGAUCUAUGAUGAACGGUUACCUUUUUAUCUGUGCAGUAAUAUUGCCUACUGUUUUCAGUGUACCAACAACAUAUUUUGCACAACAAAUUAGUUCUUUUCAAUCGUCAUCGCAGUCAACAGGAGCCAAUCUUACUGAUUUGGUUGGUCAGAAGAGUUAUGUGAUCAAAACAAUAACUAGCGUGCCACUUUAUAGAAUUGUGGGCUAUUUCACAAAUCGUACAGAGGAAACAGAAGCUAAGGUACACGACUUACAAAUUCCUCAUGCAAUGUAUUACACGCAUAUAUACUUGGCAUGGAAGUCUGCAGACCAACUAAUGUCAUCUAUAACUCUGGAAUCAGACGGCCCUGAUGGUAAACUGAAUGGUGCUAAUUUGGUUUUGUCAACAUCCAGACUGGGUGAUAUGUAUGCUCCAGGUUUGAUAACGCCAGUUCUUGAUUUUGUCACAAAAUGCUAUGAUUGGGCUAAACCACGAAAUUCACCUAUCCCAAUAAGCACUGCAUUUGUAUCAACUCUGAGAGUGGCAGCUACAGGUGAAAUUAAUAAGGCACUGAUUCAAUAUACAACAGAACAGUUUUUGAGAGCAACGACCCCUGGUUCUUAUCAUUUGGUUUGGGAGGGAAAUUCAGAAAUGAGCGAAUUUAUGAAACAGCUAAACUAUGAAAAAGUUGUGUGUGGAGGAAAAGUAUCACCUUCUAAUCCGUGUGAUUGGACUUUGAUGGGCUUAACACCAGAAAAAGCCGAAGAGCAAUGUUUAUAUCGACUCAUUAAUACAAAAUCGAGCCAUAAUGGUUUGGGUCCAAGUUAA